GAAACAGGUAGGCUGCUGGUGUCGCGCGCGGGUUGCAGACAGCGGAAUUCACCGUGUUUCCGUGAAACUCACCUGGAGUUGAGUUGGAGAAAAGAAAAAGGGGGCAUCGCCAGUGUGCCGUCUGGGACGAGGGAGGAAGCUUCUUGCAGGAAGAAGCAAAGAAAGGUCUAUAAUUAUCUCCAAGUGGCUUUGCUCCUUCUUCACUCAGACGGACGGUGGGCUGACGGAGAAGAGACUGAAAACAUGGAGGAGCGGCGUUGAACACGCUAUUGUUUAAACUCCAGUGCCGCAUGUGAACUUAUGCACUCGUCACUUCGCCAAUUGAUUUAAAAAAAAUCAGUUUAGCUGUAGUUGAAUCGAUAUCGUUGCGUUCGGGACUUCUUGGAGCCCCCUGCACUCUUCCUGUCAACACUUUAGGGCUGGAGCAGUGAUGGAGGCCAUCGACCUCGAGCAGCAGGAGCCGCUCCCGGUGGACCGAGACGGGCGGCGGCUCGGCAGUGAAGCCGACCAGCCCGAUGGUGUUAGAAAGAUGGGAUGUUGCGAGAAGUUCCAGCGGUCCGUCUCCAAAUGGAUGCUUCCAAAAGACUCCCGCAGCAAGUACCUGGAACGGGCCAACUGCUGCCCGCCCCCCAUCUUCAUCAUCCUCAUCAGUAUUGCAGAGCUGGCCGUGUUUGUCUACUACGCCGUGUGGAAGCCUCAGAAGCAGUGGGUGACCCUGGACGAGAGCAUCUGGAGGAGCCCCCUCACGUACAAGCCUGACGACCGGCAGGAAGCAUGGCGCUUCAUCUCCUACAUGUUUGUCCACGCCGGCGUUCAGCACAUCGUGGGAAACCUGUUGAUGCAGCUGCUGCUGGGCAUCCCGCUGGAACUGGUCCACAAGGGAUUUGAAGUGGGGAUGGUUUAUAUGGCGGGCGUCCUGGCAGGCUCGUUGGCCAGCUCCAUCUUUGAUCCCCUCAGUGCUUUGGUGGGAGCGUCUGGAGGCGUCUACGCCCUCAUAGGGGGCUUUUUCAUGAACGCAGUGGUGAAUUUCCGAGAGAUGAUUCCUCUCCUCGGAGUAUUUCGGAUCCUCGCGAUAGUGAUAUUUGUUGGGACCGAUUUUGGAUUUGCCUUCUACAGACGGUUCCUCUCGGACGAGGCUGGAUUGAAGGUGUCUUUUGUGGCUCAUUUUGGAGGGAUCGCGGCCGGGAUGACCAUCGGCUACGUCUUCUUCAGCGCCUACAAUAAGAAGCUCAUGAAAGACCCACGCUUCUGGCUCUGCAUAGGCGGAUACAUGCUGUUCGUGGUCUUUGCUGUGGUCUUCAACAUCUUCCUGAGCCCGGCUUCAUAGGACCAUGAAGCUGAACUGAACCUUUUUUAAAAAUGUUUACACUAAAGCUAAACUAAAGCUAAACUAAAGCCUCAAUGUCACUUAGGACGCUGUAUUUCACUGAUGUACUGAAGGGUUUCAGUGAAAAGUUGCUUUUCAGUGACUUUUGGUAAAGUGCACAGAGUAUUUUAAUUUUUUUGUCUACUAUCCGAUUGUCUUGUUUUUGGAGCUGAAUUGGUGAGUUUGAGGAGAAGGGUGCCCCCUGCUGGUCAUGCGUAACAUUGCAGACAGCAUAUUUUCUAUAUUUAGACAAUGUGGAGCAAAACGUGCCUUAAAUGAGCGAGUCAUUUAAAACUGAAUGGAAAUUUUAUCUGAACAUUUUAAUGUGUUAUUCAUGUUUUAAUGUUUGUGAGUUUCUAGACCUCUUUGACCUUCAUCGGGAAGUCAAAGAACACACCGGUCCCAUUUCACCUCAUUUUUCCUUCAUAAAAUCUCUUUUUCUCAAACUGUUAAACUGAAUACUUUCUGUUGAAUCAUCAAGGACUCUCUCUCUUGGACUUUCAGUAUUCAUGAGACGUGUUUUUAAAUUACAUUACAUUACAUAUGUGGUGAAAUAUAUUCAGCAUGUGAGAGACAUGAAAGAACCCGAUGAGUUUCUCAGGAAGUGUCAGCUGUGGCUUAAUGCCACGUUGUUUCAGCCACUUCCUGUUGACAUGACGGGACUCAUUAGAUUUGUCUUUUUGUAAACCUGCUGAUUGUUUUUCAUCCUUAGAAGUACAAACCUUUGUCUUCUGUUUGACUGCAGUCGACUGUCAUGGAAUAAAAAGGGUGGUUGAUGUCGGACGAUACCCCAACUUCACUUUGGGGAAACUGUCUUUUUAACUUUUAGUUCAGCGUUGGUACAUUUUCUGUAGAUUAAGACCAAACUGAAACCUCCCACACUUGGUUUUACAUUUCCACAACUCAAUGUCUUAAAAAAAAUAAAAUGAUUUAAAAAAAAUA